AAAAAGGAGUUGCCCAAGACACUUUCCUUCAAUCCAGGCGGGUUGGUUUGCCUUUGAAUGCCUCUCACUCAGGCCUUCCAUUGUGGUGAGUGGGAGCCGAGAUGAAGGGAGUCUUAUUGGUUUUUCUGGUACUAUGGCAGUUUUUCUACACUCCAGGAGGCUCUGGGAUUCUUCCUUCUGCCUUCACUAAGUGCCAGGCCGAUUCAAGGACCUGCUACAGUGCCCAAUUGGUCAGGCUGGCUUUCCAGAAGGCUCAGGAGGCCUGCAUGGGACAAGGAGGUGGCCUUAGCACUGCCAACAAUGCCAACGAAGUGAGCACCAUUUUGGCUCUGCUUGGUAACCUAGGCAGCACCUCUGGCAUCCACUUCUUCUGGCUGGGCUUAGUGAGGAAGGCUCAGCAGUGCACCAGGGAGGACCUGCCACUGAGGGGCUUUUCUUGGACCUCAGAUGGUGAUUUCAUGGAGAUGGCAAGGAACAAGAGUGGCCUCGGCUGGCUGAGGGAGCCUAGCAAGUCAUGUACCGUGGAGCGCUGCGCUGGAUUGCAGGUAAUGCUGGGAGGACCUCAUUUGGAGCCAUGGGGCUUGAGGGAUCACCCUUGCACUAAAACCAGUGCGGGUUAUAUCUGCAAAUACAUCUAUGGUGGUGGCUGCUCCACUCUUAAGCCAUCAUCCAGCCUUCGGUACAUAUUGCCCCAUUCCCACCUCCAAAGUGCAGCUGUUGAGUUCAGCCCGCCCGGAACGGAGCUCACUCUGAGGUGCCCCGGAGGUCAAGAAGCUCACUUCACUUGCCGCCUCUCAACUGAUGGCUAUCACUGGGAAAGAGAGAUGGAGGAGCGGCUCUGUUCCUGCCCCAGUGGAUACUGGAGCCCCAGAGAGGCGGCCUGCAUGCAGCUCGACACCUGUCAGGAUCCUCAAGGUGCCUUCUUUUGCUUUUGUGCUUUGGGUUCCCGCUUAGGGACCGAUGCAGAAGCCUGCCUCCAGGCUGCACAAAAUGGUGGUGCUGCCUCAACAUCACAGCCUGGCUUGCCUUCAGCAGUACCUAGCAACAGCACUGUGGAGGAGCACUUUCCUACUGUGGUCAAUGGGAGUAUGGCGGAGGAGACACCGCGGCCUCUGUCGGACUCCUCCAACUACGUCUUCAUCCUCAUCACGGUGGCUGUGGUGAUGCUGGUGAUCCUGGUCAUGGCAGCGCUGCAGGUCUUCCAGCUCUGCUUCCGAAGGUGCUCUCCUUCUUCCUCUGCUUCUAAGGAGCCUGCUGGGAAAGAUGGAGCUGCUAUUGGAGCUGAGAAAGGCGACCCUGAGGCCUCCGCCACCUGCACCAACUCAGAGCACUCUUUGGGGCCCAGCAAAGCCGAGUCCCUGGAGGCCUCACCAGAGGAGGCUUCACUAGGAGGCCAACUCACAGAAAUGGACUAGCCCUGAGUGGGGUGGCUGGGUUCAACUCCAGUGAAACAGUGAGGAAUUAAGGCAGUUUGAUACCACUUUAACUGCCAUAGCUCAAUGCUAUGGAAGUCAAGGAGUUGUAGUUUAACAAGGUCUUUAACUUUCUUGCCCAAGAGUGCUGGUACCUCACCAAACUACAACUCUCAAGAUUCUAUAGCACUGCAACAUGACAGUUAAAGUGAAUUCAAUCUAUAUUCUACAAUGUAGAUGCACCCCAGCCUUUGAUCCUCCAGGUUUUGGGAUUUCAAUUCCCAGAAGCCCCAACCAGAUUGUUAAUUUUAGAGCUGAAGUCCAAAAAUGUGGAGGAUCAAAGGUUGGGGAGCAUUUGACUGGCCAUGCCCAGAAGAAGCUUCCCAUGGUUUGGAUGUCAUUCCAUUUUUUACCCUUUAGCAGCGGGUUGCUUGGUUGAUGCAUAACUGGAAGGUUUUGUUUCCUUUGAAGGGAAAGUUGUAGUUGUCGAAUGUUUUAUGAUUUUUAGGUCACUUGCUGUGUGACCAGGUCAAUGCAUAAUUUCAACACAGGAAGGAUGCAUUCACACUAUUGAAUUAAUGCAGUUUAGCACUACUUUGACUGCCACAACCAAGUGCUAUGGGAUCAUGACAAAGGUACCAGCACUCUUUGCCAGAGAAGGCUAAGGACCUUGUAAAACCACAGCUCCCACGAUUCUAUAGCAUUGAGCUUUGGCAGUUAGAAGUGGCAUCAAAAUGCAUUAAUUCUACAGUUUAGAUCUACCUCAGGUCACCCAAAAGGGGAAAAGAGAUCGCACAGCAGUCCUGUUGACUUUUAUCUUUCCCAGUGGAGGUAGCUCUAAGAAGCAGGGGCUAUUAUCUUCACUUAUUUAACCUCCAACCCUUUCUGCCCAUUGACACUAUCCAACUAUAGGUUAUCUUUUAACUGCCCUGGCCACAACUUGUGAAAUCCUUACAUUUAUCAUUUGCUAAGACACUAGAGCUCUCUCACUGAGAAUUCUAAAUAUUGCUCCCUUAAACUGAAAAUGCCAGUAUUCCAUAGAAUGGGCUGUAGCAGGUUUUUUUCGUGUCAGAGGCGACUUGAGAAACUGCAAGUCACUUCUGGUGUGAGAAAAUUGGCCGUCUGCAAGGACGUUGUCCAGGGGACACCCGUAUGUUUGAUGUUUUUACCAUCCUUGUGAGAGGCUUCUUUCAUGUCCCUGCAUGGGGAGUUGGAGCUGACAGAGGGAACUCAACCCAUUCUCCCCAGACUCAAACCACUAACCUGUCAUCAGCAGUCCUGCCAGCAUAAGGGUUUAACCGCACCACUGGCGGCUCCAGCUGUAGCAGUGAUUCCACUUUAACUGAGCUGUGUGACUGGUCUCCCUCUCUGAGUAAAGCAGCUGAAACUUCCCUGUCUUUUUGCACUGUUCUCCGACUCUCCCUCCCUUGUAUUCCAGCUGUCUAGGCAGCACAGACAUUGGCACUAUAUGGCAAUGUCAAUGUUCUAGAAUGAUAAUGCAAACCAGCAGUGGAUGUUUCUUGCAAUUGUGCACCAACUUCCACCUUGAGUGUUUCACUUCCUUUCCAGUUUUUACCCUCACAAUGCUGAUAUUAUCAAUUUUUCAGUUCUCAGUUGAAGUGGUAAAGUCUAAAUACUGGUAAGAAAGCCAUAGGGUGCUGGAAGAUCCCAGUGGAACACAUUCAGAUUUAAGUUGCUCAACUAGCAGCACAGUUCUAUGUGUGCUUAAAGAUAAGUCACAUUUAGUGGGACUUAUUUCCAGUUAUAAUUGUGGGUUUGCAACCUGGAAUAGGCUUCUUGUUGAUUCUGGUUUACCUCUGGUUUUAAUCUUUGUACUAGAGCUGUUUUCCACAAAUGAGGCUUUGUGUGUGAACAU